AUGCGUAAGGUCACUGACGAAGCCUUGCAACGAUUAUAUUGGGCUUGCCGACGAAAAGAAGAUUUUCCGGGAAAUCUUCCCAACGAGUCAAAGGGCACCGUAACUACGAAGGACAUUCUCGAAGGCUUGGGCCUUAUUGGACCUGAGCUAAACGAUUCGCCCUUCGAGCAGAGUGUGAAAGUGGCGGAUCACAUCUCUUCUUCCGUCAUGUCACAUUCUCUGCAUGCGGAGUCGACUCAAUCUACAACGCCGUCUCCGUCGCCGACUGGCUCAAAACAGAGCGACAAAUCGUCCUCGUCCCGCACUGUCAGCAUACUAUUGCCUACAACAAAUUGGGAUCAGACUCAGAGUUCAAGUGGCUUUACUUUGCCGAAAUUACUUAAUCAACCCAAAAAUAAAGCAGAAGGGCAAAUCAACAUAGGCCCGAACCAUCUACUUACCAGACCAACGUCCGAGACCAACGCAAAAAGUAACCAACUCCACGUAUUUACCGGCGCUUCUACCUCCACAUCUGGGCCAACAUAUCUCCAGCUACAAUGUGACCACUUCCUAGAUGCAAACCUCUUACACGAGACGACAUCUUGGCUUGCGCCUAUGAACCGCGAAGAGUCAGACAUUUCCGCCUUGAACGUGGACACUUGUGAAAUCAACAGGGAAGUCUUGCAAGUUCAGCCAUUUUUGGACAGAAGUGCCACCUUUUAUUCCAAGCUAAGUACACCAGUAUAUCAAAACCCGUCAACGAAAGGACUAGUUACCCUAAGCUGUGAUCCUCAGCCGGCGUCGGGCGAUAGUUUCGCAGCGCAUGGGUCGUUAUAG